AUGGAGGAACAAUGCAACAAAAGCAAGUUUUUCCCAUGUGGAGAAUACCUCUGUGUCUUUGAUGCCAUUAGUCAAUUGGAGUUCAGCAGUGAGGUGUGGGAACUUGUCUUUUUCGUUACUUCCAAAGUGGUGGAAAAGUUCAAUGAUGGAGCACUUGCAACUAUCAUUGGCUUUUUAUUCAAGGCUGCAUCUCAUUGUCAGCAUAUUUCUGAAGCUGCCAUAGUAGUUCAUGCAAGGCUGUGUAGCAUGGGGGUCGAGGUAUCACCCUGUGUGUUGAUUUUCUUAAGCGAAACUGUACGUAGUUGCAGUGAUAUUGCCAUGGCUUUGUUGAGAGAUAUUGAUUUUGGUUUUGAACUUGAUGACAAAUUUUUAGCAAGCUCUGGUGAGCCCUUCUUGUGUGGAGAAGAUAAACUUUUGACAAGAAGGUUGAAUAUGAUGGAUGAUCAGGUUCUUGAUGAAGGUCGUCAUUUUUCUGACAUCUAUAUCUUGAUAGAGAUGUUAUCAGUACCUUCCCUCACUAAUGAAGCUUUCCAAACUUUUGAGAGAGCUGUUGCUCAAGGAUCAAUUGUGGUUCAAUUGGUGGCCAAGGUCUUCGAAAGACGCCAUUCUCUAAGAUUAAAUAUUGGUCCAAUGUCUUCUGCUGGAAAAAACCAGCAAACAGAUGAAGUACCGGGUGGAAAAAUUGAGCCAUUUCCUGUUGAAGAAGACGACUUUGCCUUACUUCUUGGUCUUGCUGAAAGAUUCUCUCUCUCUAAUCACUCCAGAGUGCAACAAUUUGCACAGAUGCUUUAUGCUACGUUGUUUAGAUUGUUUGCCGAUGAGAGUAAUUACAAGAGAAUGCUUAAAGGGCUAGUUGAUCGUGCCAUAAACCUCAUAGAAAAUGGUCAUCAAGCAGAUAAAGAUUUCAAUACUUUGCUUUUCUUGGUUAACAAGGAACAGGUUCUAGCUGGAGCAAUUCUAAACAUGAUGAGGGAGGUCGCCAAGGCUGCCAAUGCUGAUUGUGCAACUCUUAGGCAUCAGUUGUCUGCUAGUGAGGACCACAAUUUGCGUAUACAAGAAGAAAGACAUGCUGAACAUGCCGAUAUGGUUAGAGAAAAGGCUAUUUUGUUGGAAAGGUUAUGUGAAUCUGAGACCACUACCAACAAUUAUAAGUCUGAAUUGAAGCUUGAGAUAGAUCGUUUUGCUACGCAAAAGAAGGAAAUCUCUAAACGAAUGCAAGAAAUGGAGAGUCAGUUUGAAUGGUUUCAAUCGGAGCAGAACAAUGAGAUUAUGAAGCUAUCCAAAGAGAAUAAAGUGUACAAGGAUCGUCUUCAUAAUUUGGAGACACAACUUUCUCAACUGAAGUCCCGGAGUAGUAAUGAUUUGAAGAUACUUGUAAAAGAGAAGAAUUCUCUUGCUGAAAGGCUGAAGAUUGCAGAGGCUGCAAGGAAGAAAUCUGAUGAGAUAUUGAAACACUAUUAUAGAGAUAAUCGGAUUCUACAGGACAAUAAACAUUCACUUGAGGAUGAGGUCAGGCAAUUGAAAGCAACAGUUGGGCAACUUGAACAAGAGAAGCUGGACAAGGAAGAAAAGAUUAAACAAUGUGAAAUGUACAUCGGUGGGAUGGAAGAAAAACUUGGUGCCUGGCAGAAACAUAUCCAUUCUCUUGAGGUUUCCCUUAGAGAGGAGAUGUCACAACAUGCUCCUCUGUAUGGUGUUGGCUUGGAAGACCUGUCAAUGAAGGAACUAGACACAUUGUCGAGUAUCCAUCAGCAAGGGCUCGAACAGAUAUAUGUCCUCCAGCAACAGAAAGCUAAUCUUGCCGUCAACCCUCCUGCAGACCCCAACACCUUUCCAAGCUCCAGCAGGUCAUAAAAUACUCUCUAUUAACCCAUCUCCGGAUUUGUUUGUAAUCUGGUAUCUGGUCCACCACAACAGUGGACAAGUUUCUUUCAAUGGACUACCUUGGAAUGAUCAAGCAGACGUUCAUUUCCAACAAAUGGCAUCUGGGUGGUCCUGCCUUCUUGACCUCAAGAUCUUACUAGUAUUUCAAAAACUACAGCUUUCCUCCCCCCCCCCCCCCCACCCUUCCUCUCUCCCCUUUUUGUUGUUUAAUUUUUUUUUUAAUAUCUUUUUGUUUUCUUGUUAUAAAGCUUCUAUUUUGUUUUUAAACUGAUGGAACCUAGAUUUUGUGAAAUAUACAAUAGAAAAGGAAUACAAUUACAGAAAGUAAAACUUCAUGGCCUCUGUAGUUGCACUAGCUAACCCUUUUUUUAGGUGUGUUGGGAUUAUGAACUUGUAAUUGAUUUCUAAUUUUUCAAAUGGGGUGUGAUAAGCCAA